GCCUCGGGGGGCGCCGUAGGCUCGGGGAGGCUGCGGCGAUGGACGUGAACCAGCCGAAGCAGGAACAUCUCCUGGCGCUGAAAGUGAUGAGGUUAACGAAGCCCACUUUAUUCACCAAUGUUCCAGUGACUUGUGAAGAAAGAGACUUGCCAGGAGAUCUAUUUAAUCAGCUCAUGAAAGAGGACCCUUCUACUGUAAAGGGAGCAGAAACUUUAAUGCUAGGAGAAAUGUUGACUUUGCCUCAGAAUUUUGGAAAUAUAUUUUUGGGAGAGACAUUUUCCAGUUAUAUCAGCGUACAUAAUGAUAGUAACCAAGUUGUCAAGGACAUACUGGUAAAGGCUGAUCUUCAGACAAGUUCUCAGCGUCUAAACCUUUCAGCUUCCAGCGCGGCAGUGGCAGAACUUAAACCUGAUUGUUGUAUUGAUGAUGUUAUUCACCAUGAAGUAAAGGAAAUAGGAACACACAUCUUAGUGUGUGCCGUAAGUUACACAACCCAGGCAGGAGAGAAGAUGUACUUCAGAAAAUUCUUCAAAUUUCAGGUUCUCAAACCAUUAGAUGUGAAAACAAAGUUCUACAAUGCUGAGAGUGACCUCAGUUCUGUGACAGACGAAGUAUUUUUGGAAGCUCAAAUUCAGAAUAUUACAACCUCUCCAAUGUUUAUGGAGAAGGUUUCAUUAGAGCCAUCUAUUAUGUACAAUGUAGCAGAACUAAAUACUGUCAACAAAGCUGGGGAAAGCAUUUCUACUUUUGGCUCAAGGACUUACUUACAGCCUAUGGAUACUCGUCAAUAUUUAUAUUGCCUAAAACCCAAGCAAGAAUUUGCAGAAAAAGCUGGAGUGAUUAAAGGUGUUACAGUAAUUGGUAAACUAGAUAUUGUGUGGAAAACAAACCUAGGGGAACGAGGAAGGUUGCAGACCAGUCAGCUCCAAAGAAUGGCCCCAGGUUACGGUGAUGUCAGGCUUUCCUUGGAGACAAUACCAGACACUGUAAAUCUAGAGGAACCUUUUGAUAUUACAUGUAAAAUAACAAAUUGCAGCAGUGAAAGGACUAUGGAUCUGAUACUGGAAAUGUGCAAUACUAAUUCCAUCCACUGGUGUGGAGUUUCAGGAAGGCAACUUGGAAAGCUACACCCCAGUUCAUCCCUCCAUCUUGCACUUACACUAUUGUCUUCAGUGCAGGGACUACAAAGUGUUUCUGGCUUAAGACUGACAGAUACAUUUUUGAAGAGAACAUACGAGUAUGAUGAUAUUGCACAAGUCUGUGUAGUUUCUUCAGAAGUAAAAGAAGAAAGCUGAAGAAAAAUCCUGUAAUACUUCUGCUCUGGUUUUAGACCAACUUCCUACAUCUUACAGCUAAAUGGCAGGCAGCCGAAUGUUAAAAAAAAAAAAGAACUGUACCUAUCCAUAAACAAUGCAAGCAUGUUUAUUUAACUUUCUUCUCCAAGCAUUUUUGGGAUGUUUUAAAAUAUGUUUUAAAGAGAUAAUUAUAUAUAUAUAUAUAUUUUAUCUAUUAUUUGACAAUAAAGCCUUUAAAAUAAUGUCUAAGAAUGGAGCUUUGUCAAGUUAUAAUGCAAUACUAUGUGGAAUGUUCAGCCAGUUUAAAGAUUACAAGUUAUUCAUGUUUUGAAAUGGCUGCCAUGACUGUAGAACUGUAGCCUGUAGCCUACUUGAACCUGGAGAGACUAGUCGCUAAGUGAUACAUUCUUGUAGUGCAAGUCUCACUUUUGCCCCUCUCUCUCAAUGGCAUACCUUGGACUGACUGCACUCUGCAGGUUCUCUUCUUUUUGCUUACUCACACAUGCUUGUUCAUCACUUUUCCCUAGACUUCUUGCUUACUGUAAUACUUCAUAUUCCCCAAUCAGUAACUCUGAUCUUUAUUACAGAAUAUAUACAUUAAUUUGAAAAAGUUAGUUGCUGAAUGUUUGAUAAUUACACUGGCCCUCCCCCUUCUCACUCACUCCCUGCCUCUUUUCCCCCUCCCCCCCCCCCAUUAUUUUUGCUGAUAUUUUUACAUAAGUAAAUGUGGAACUGUUGCAGUUGUGGGUCUUUACAGCCUUAACAAAGGCUUGCAUUUACCAUUCUUAGUCAAGCAUUCAUAAAUUAGGAAAUGCCAAACUAAGACGGUCAGUGUCGCAUUAAAUAGAUGAUGAAAUGCCUUGAUAUUGAAAUGCAGUUUAAAUUAAAAUUGCCCCCUUCCCCUUAAAUCCUCUAGUACAUCAUGAUACAAUUCUUAACUUUGUGGGCCUGUGUCUUACUCAGUAUUCUGAAAUAACACUCACUAACAAACUUCUAUUCAAUAUUUUUUUCUCUUUCACUGUUCUAUGUGGAAUCUUCUGGUAUUUUUAGCCAUUUUAAACUUUAGCAUGUGUCUUAACUAUGCGCAUAGUAUGACCUGAGACACAAAGCUGGACAAGUUUGGGUAUGUUUUCAGAGGUGUCACAAAGCACAUCCUGGCAUAGCAGUAGUCACACCACCAAAUCCAGUCUCUUUAGCAAAGCAAGAAUAGAAUUUAUUAAGGCCACUAGAAUUUACCAAAGUUCAGUUAACAUUUAAGAAUAAUUUUUUUUUAUCUUUUGUUCUCACAGAGGCUGAACUUUUUUCAGAAAACUUCAGCCAAAGGAAGGUCCCCAGCAUGGAAGGCUUCAGCCCAAACUGGAAGAGUUGAGCAAUAUUAAAAGCAAGGUCUUAUAAUGAGACAUGGCAGGGAACUUUAUAGCAGCUGUUGUGAGCAGACUUGCCUAUAGUAAAAAACAGGAGGAAGGUUAUGCUCACUGACCUGUCACACUUCUCAACAAUGUAGAAACUUAGAAAAUUUGUCAAAAUUGCUAGUCAUACUUAAUGAGUAAACUCAAGUUGAAUGUUCAGCUCCUCUUAAGUCAAACUACUUGCCCAAUGAGUUAAGCCAGCAGUUCCCAAACUCUUGACAGAUUACGAACCACCAACUUGAUACAUUUUGUAAAUUUUUCAUUUCAACUGUAAGUACCACCAGCAAAUUUUUCUCAUAUAAUUCUAAUAAAUCUGUUAAUGCGUACCACUGGUGGUAUGCAUACCACAUACUGGGAACUGCUGAGUUAGGCUAUAGCAUUUUAGGACCAGGCCACUUCACCAGUCUCUUAGCUGCUUAGCGCUAAAAGUAUUUUUUUAUUCUAAGAAGUCUCAAAGAAAGCAAGUACUAUCUUUUUUUAGUACUGCUUAAAAUCCUUGGCUGUUUGCAGACUUUACAAAAAAAAGUGCUUUACCACAAUACUUUUUUUCAUUAGAAACAUGCUGCUGUUACUUCAGCCUGGCUCUGCAGCGUCUGUAUAGAUCCGGUACUUCAGUGGGGCUUUUGACUCUUUUAGCUAAAGCUGAUUUAAUCAGCUGUUAGAUGAAAGUUCCAAAAAGCCCCACUAAAGCAUCUGAUCUAUGCAGAUGUUGAGCAAGCCAAGUCCAGCUAAUAUGCUGCCUCUUCUGGGCAUGCGCUCGGCUUGGUGUAGGAGAGUGCGGAAUUUAGUGCCAUUUGUGUGUGCAUGUAGUGCUUUGUUUUUGUUUUUUUAACAUCUGCAAGCAGCCAUUGCAAUUAGGCCAAUCUAUGCAAGAGGUACUAUAGUAUAAUGAAUGAAAGGGAAAUGCUAUCUACUCUAAGUUUCUUGUACCAAUUUUUAGCAAAUCAUAUAGUUAGUUGUUUGUCUUGUCUGGAAAAUGCUUGGAAGGUUAGGUCCAGCCACUUCCUUUGAGAAGUUGCCUUGCCUGGUUCAGAGGUCAAAUCAGAAAACUCCAUUGACAUGGCCUUCUUCCCCCUAAGGCUGCUGAAUUAAGUAAAUGGCAUUUCACUUCCAAAUAAUGGUGAUUUUUACAUGUGUCCUUUAAAAUUACUUCUUGUAUGAACCAGUGUCAAACGUACCUGCCAUUUUUUUGUAAUGUGACUUUGUUGGUCAGAAUGAAAGGCCACAACUUCUAUACAGAAGUAGUCACUUAUUUUCUAAAAAUGCUGUUAAAACUAAAACUUUGAUCUCCUUGUAACAAGAUUCUCAUGCUCUUUACAUUCAGCCUGUAGCUGAAACUAUGGUUCCAGUCCUAGUCUCUUUGCAAAUUACCUCCUUUCCAUAAGACAUGCAGACCCAAGAAGGUAAGGUUGCCUUGCACUUCUUUUUCUUCCUCCCAUUCAAAUAACUAGCUUGUAGGUCCAACUGCUUGAGCUAGGGUUAAAAAAACCAUACACAAUACCCUAUAUGUCCCUUCUAAGAUGCAGUUGAAUACAGAAUAGAAUGCCCUCAUGUAAUGCAAUGUCUAGUCUCUGUCAAGCUAAACAGAGAUGGGUAAAUCAAAACUAUACAGAAAAACUGAAAAUAACGUUAGUUUAUGCCUAUCUUCAUACUGAGCCAACAGCUUUAAGGAGAUGGAACUGUGUUAGUGUAUAAUUUCUGGUAGAAGAUGCAGAAAUGAUGGACAAAUCAGAUGCAAGAUUACUUGUAUCUGCAAAUAGGACAGAUUUUCUUCAUAAAUUGCAGAUACAAUUCUCUUUCACCAUCAACAUAAAUGAUCAAAUUUUAGGUCAACAAGGAAAGUUUUAAAUGCACCCUUGACUAUGGAUAAAUUACCUUAGUAAAUGAAGUAGAAAGUGUUAUCAUGCAAAUAAUUCAGUUCUGUGCUGGAAGUGUGGUUAAUAUAUUUAAUAAAGAGAGAGGUAUUUUGCCAGUAAACAUAGAAGAAAACAAACAUUCCUAUACAAACCCAUCUGAAAAUUCACAUCUUAACAGAAUGUCAAAAAAUGUAUUCUUUUCUCUUCUCCAGGGAUUAGCAUGCAGUUUUGCUGCUGAACUAGUAAAAAUACAAAACCACUUAAGUUUUAAAUGCACAAUUAUUUAUUAAAUUCUGUGAUAAAGUAUAUCGUUAAUCUCAAAUUAAAGCAGUACUUGUUUAGAUUGUGGUUUACCACUUCGGUUUCAGUAUGAAUUGUUCAAAGUAAAGUGCAAUUACAUAUUGUAAGACUCUCCUCACCCUGUGAUUAUGUCAUAUGACUUUGUGAAAUAAUCUAGGCUGUUUAGGACAAAAUAGAUUUUUGCAUGAAUGAACCCUUUGUUCCUAGAUGCAAAUGGAAACAAAGACUUUAAAUGACAGCUAUUCUCACUGAGGAAUGUCAGUGUUGUGGGUUUUUUUAAAACUCUAAAGCUUCCUUCUGUUCAUAUAUUAAAAAGAAUAAAUGUUUACAGAUUGCACUGUG